UGUAAUAAAAUAUUGUCCUAAUGAAUGCGUCUUCGUCUGUCCCCAGCAGCAGGGAUGGACUUCUCCGAGUGCUACGGGGACACGGUGUCCAGUGUUGCAGCUGUAGCUCGUUCAGGCUGCAGGCGGCGGGUGAGGCGGCUGAUAAAGAGAGGAUUCAGCGUGGACGGCAGAGACAACCGCGGCUGGAACGCCCUGCACGAGGCCGCCGCCGCCGGCAGCAGGGAGUGUGCUCAGGACAUUCUGGCUGCUGCUAAAGCUGCAGGCUCCUCCAGCAGCUUUGUGAACUCUGUGACCCAUGAGGGGGAGUCAGCCUGCUACCUGGCGGCCCAGCGGGGUCACCUGUCUCUGGUCAGACUCCUCAUCACGGCUCAGGCUGACAUCAACCAGCUGACUAACGACCUGUCCUGUCCUCUCUACGCAGCUGUAGAUGGAGGCUAUCAGCAGAUUGUGGAGCUGCUGGUCAGUGAAGGUGCGGAGGUGAACAGGACACACACGGCGUCCUGCUGGAGCUGCCUCCAUCAGGCUGUUUAUAAGGGUUAUAAAGAAAUUGUGCAGAUUCUGGUCAAUGUGUGUAACCUGGAGGCUCUAGACGACCACAAGAUCACUCCUCUGUUUGUGGCUGCUCAGUACGGACGGCAGGAGUGUCUGGAGAUCCUCGUUAAUGCUGGAGCUAAUGUGAACACCCAGGCGGCGGACCUGGCCACGCCCCUGCUGAUCUCCUCUCAGGAGGGUCACCAGGCCUGUGUGGACUUCCUGUUGGAGCGUGGAGCAGAUCCUAACCUCUGCUGCAGCCACGACUGGUUCCAGCUUCCUAUUCAUGCUGCUGCUGCAUCCGGACACAUCGGGGUCCUCAGGAGGCUGAUAGCUGCUACAGACCGUGUGUGUGAUGGAGGUGACGGCCUGGUGAGUCCUCUGUACGUGGCCAUAGAGAACCAACAGAGCAGCAGUGUGGAGCUGCUGCUGGAGGAAGGUUACAGCCCCGACGCUCAGGACUGCUCCAAGAUACUGGGCAUCACAACACCUCUAACCUACGCCCUGUGUUACACCUCCAACACUCCAUAAAGUGAGUCAGUGAGGUUAUUGGUGGCAGCAGGAGCAGCUGUGAGCAGGAACGACUGGGUUUAUAUCUUGUCCAGUGAGAAAACCGACCUUCUACAGCUGAUCCUGGAGCAUCGAUGGAUCCCUCAACCCGACACUUCCACCACUUCCUGCUCUGAACCACAUCGUCAUGGAAAAACUGUGUUGAAGCAGAAGGAAAUGAGCGAUCUUCUCUCUGUGGCUCAACAACAAGUCCACUUCGCCGCCUGCUGGCUUCCUGUUGUCCUGAAGGCCGGACUGGAACCUUCUCUGCUGCUUCAGCCUCACAUGGUGGCUCAUGCAGACAGUGAGGCGUUGAAUUACCUGCUACAGUUCCUAAACUGGUCGAGUCUUCCUCUGCCGUUGAAACAAACUCUGGACCAAAGACGAGCAGAAAAGACCUGGGAACCAUGUCCACAUUUAGACUCCGUUCCUGGUCUUUCCCAGCUCUGCCGGCUGCAGCUCCGCUCCCUGCUGGGAUCAGAUCAGCUGAUGAAGAGCGACGUGGUGCAGCAGCUCCCGGUGCCUCCUCUUCUUCAUCACUUCCUCCAGUUUAAAGACGUCCAGGAGGCUUCCUACACUCCUUCUACACCUCCUCCCUUCUCUAACUUCAUACAGGAGUACCGCCUCUCCAACGGUUGUGUUUGAUAAAAGCCUUUCUGCUGCUUUACGCCUCUUCAAAUCAUCUGUUUUCACUGUUUAGUCUCUUUGUUUGCUGCCACAGAUCCUCAAAUAAAACAGCUCCUGUUGGUUUAUUGCUGCACUUUUGCAUUAAAUGGAAAUAUUAUGUGUUUUGCUUUAAAUUUUACUAAUAUUUGAUAUGUUUGGAGGUGUUGUAUCACAAUAAGUUCUGUUCUAAUUAACCCUUUGAUGCACAACACAUUCAUUUCUCAUGUUAUUUAAGAAAAAUAGUUUUUGUAUUAUUACAUCAAUUUUACACACUCAAAAAUGACUCAUUCAUCCAAAUUUGAUUUAAGAUAAUAAUAGUAAUUUGUUUUUGUGUCUUUUUUGGUCAUUUUUACAUCUAUUUUUGGUCAUUUUGUGUCUUUUUUUGUCAUUUUUACAUCUAUUUUUGGUCAUUUUCUGUCUAUUUUUGUCAUUUUUACAUCUAUUUUUGGUCAUUUUGUGUCUUUUUUGGUUAUUUUUACAUCCAUUUUUGGUCAUUUUGUGUCUUUUUUUGUCAUUUUUACAUCUUUUUUCGGUCAUUUUGUGUCUUUUUUGUCAUUUUUGUUAAAUAAAAGAGCUCCUGUUUGUUCAUGGCUGCACUUUUCCAUCAAAUGGAAAUAUUAUGUGUUUUGCUUUAAAUUUUACUAAUAUUUGAUAUGUUUGGAGAUGUUGUAUCACAAUAAGUUCUGUUCUAAUUAACCCUUUGAUGCACAACACAUUCAUUUCUCAUGUUAUUUCAUGCUGCUGUGUGUGUUUCUUUUAAAAUCAAUUUGUUUUAUAUGAUUGAAUAGUCCGAGUAUUCUUUGAAUAUCUUUUUUUUUUAUUACAAUCCAUCAUUAUAUCCAUUUUUCCUUUCAUACUUCAUGAAAAAAAACAGUUUUUUUUAUUAUUACAUCAAUUUUACACACUCAUUUGACUCAUUCAUCCAAAUUUGAUUUAAGAUAAUAAUAGUAAUUUGUUUUUGUGUCUUUUUUGGUCAUUUUUACAUCUAUUUUUGGUCAUUUUGUGUCUUUUUUUGUAAUUUUUACAUCUAUUUUUGGUCAUUUUGUGUCUUUUUUUGUCAUUUUUACAUCUAUUUUUGGUCAUUUUGUGUCUUUUUUGGUUAUUUUUACAUCAAUUUUUGGUCAUUUUGUGUCUUUUUUGUCAUUUUUGUUAAAUAAAAGAGCUCCUGUUUGUUCAUGGCUGCACUUUUGCAUUAAAUGGAAAUAUUAUGUGUUUUGCUUUAAAUUUUACUAAUAUUUGAUAUGUUUGGAGAUGUUGUAUCACAAUAAGUUCUGUUCUAAUUAACCCUUUGAUGCACAAAACAUUCAUUUCUCAUGUUAUUUCAUGCUGCUGUGUCUUUCUUUUAAAAUCAAUUUAUUUUAUAUGAUUGAAUAGUCCGAGUAUUCUUUGAAUAUCUUUUUUUUUAUUACAAUCGAUCAUUAUAUCCAUUUUUCCUUUCAUACUUUAAGAAGAAAAAUAGUUUUUGUAUUAUUACAUCAAUUUUACACACUCAGAAAUGACUCAUUCAUCCAAAUUUGAUUUAAGAUAAUAAUAGUAAUUUGUUUCAAAUAGUUACUUUAGCAGUGAGAGAGGCCAAACACUCAUAUAUUUAACAUAUUUAACAUGUUUAUGUAUCAUUUUGUCUUUAUCUGGAAGGUUUUCACAGCGCUUCACUUUUUCCACAUUUUGUUAUAUUACAGCCUUAUUCCAAAAUUCAUUAAAUUCAGUUUUCCUUAGAAUUAUACACACACUAUACCCCAUAAUGAAAUGUUUGACCCAUGUUGUGCAUCAAAGGGUUAACAAAGUUUGACCAAAAAAUUUUAAUUCUGUAAUAUAAACAUGCAGUUUGUAUUCACCUGUUUCUCAGGACCAGAAGAAUUUAAAAAUGUCUUGAAAUUAAAAGUAUUAAAAGUUAUUUUUCUAAAAAAAAAAGUAA